ACUCUCAGUAGCGCGGCCGACGCACGGCGCUGCGCCACGCAUCACAGCACCGAGCUCAGCUCAGCCGCGCACCACGUGCCGCCGCCACCGCCGCUGUGGAUGCCGCCGCGAUGAACACCGCAGACCCCCUCCUGAGGUUCUGCUGGAGGGACCGCCCGCUCACAGUUGUGGAGCCGGCGUCUUCGGCCCGCAGCAUGCCGUCCUCCCCAGAGCUGCGCCUGGCAGGGUCGCCACCCGCGCCUGCGCGCUGCGCCACGUCGCCGCCGCCCCCGCCGCCUCUGCCGCUGCCUCUGCCGCCCCGCCGCCACAGCGCCUUCUCCCUCGUCUCGCCCAGAGACUUCCGGGGAGAGGGCGGCGCCAUGUGCUGGCUGCCCGGGGGCGGCGCCGCCCACCCGGCGCUGCUGUGGGCGCAGCCAGCGCUGCUGCUGCAGUCCUUCUCGCCGCUGGUGGCGCCGCGGCACGCCGCCCAGCAGCCGCUGUCGCCGGAGAAGGCCAAGCUCGGCUGCGCCCUGGGCAGAGUGCCGCGACCAGGUGACGUCACGCUGGCGGUGACGGAGGUGAGCGGCGAGCCGGAGGAGGCGCCGCUGAACCUGUGCACCAAGCCGCGCGCGCUCACCAUCUGGUCGCCGGGCAGCCAGUGUGAACGCGAGAGCGAGGGCGGCGCCAGGACCGCCCCACCGCCCACCGCCGCCCCCGCCGGCGUCACCCCCGCCGCCCCCACCACCGCCGCGGACACCGCCGCUGUGCCGCCGCAGAGGCCGCCGCCCCACGAGAGGACGUUCCAGUGCAAGCAGUGCGGGAAGUCGUUCAAACGGUCGUCGACGCUGUCGACGCACCUGCUGAUCCACUCGGACACGCGGCCCUACCCCUGCCAGUUCUGCGGGAAGCGCUUCCACCAGAAGUCCGACAUGAAGAAGCACACCUACAUACACACAGGGGAGAAGCCGCACAAGUGCGUCGUGUGCGGCAAGGCGUUCAGCCAAUCGUCGAACCUCAUCACGCACAUGCGCAAGCACACCGGCUACAAGCCCUUCUCGUGUGGCCUGUGCGAGAAGGCGUUCCAGCGCAAGGUCGACCUCCGCCGGCACCGCGAGAGCCAGCACCCCAGCGCCCCGCUCACGUGAGGCCGCCGCGGCUGCCAGCCCCAGCUCCAGCUUUCGGUGCUGUCCUCGGUCACACGGUCAAGUGCACAUCUCUUAUCGAAGAGAAUGGAGCUCACCUUCCAAAAUUUGAGCCUACACCGAUAACAAUUCAGAGGUGAACACAUCCGUGACAGACGGCUCUGUCACAUCGGAGACAUCAUGUGAUAAUGCACAAGCUGACUAUCACACCAAAUAAUUGUGUUGCAAGAGCUGUACAGGCAACUGGUGCAAACAAGGAGAAGACAUUUUGUGGUGUAGCCAUCAUGAGUGACAACAGUGGGCAUUUCCUUUCCUUUAAUUUCAUAUUACCAGAACUAGUCUGUAAAGGCAAUUAAUUUUGUGUUAUAUGUUUCUGAGCUUUUGCUCUUGAAAUGUUUGGUCUGUGUCAGAAUUGUUGAACACUCGUCACUAUCAGUGUAUGUGCUACAGAAAUGUUAAGCUAAGAAGUGGUCGUCAUUCGAGCCACACAUGUCAGGCAUUGAGUCAGACUUCCCGUCGGGCUUUUAGUCACCGGAAAUAUGCGACAUAAUACGUUGAAGACUUAAUAAAUUUAUAAUAUCAGGUUUAGAGAGUAUGUCACUACACAAGGGAACGACGUUAUACAGAGCGAGUCGUGAAUGAGGAAAGAUAUUGCAUGGACAGCAUUCUGCUAAGAACAACAGGGCAGAUUCUUAUUUUUGUUUCUCCUAGAGUUACUGUUAAUAAGAAAGAAAAAAGUUAACCACGUAAGAAUAUACUUCACACCAUAGAGAUAAGAACAAAUUAUUUUCUCACGAUGUGUCACAUCACGCACCGAGGUUCCGAUCGGUAUCAUCCAACGUUAGGAAGAUGCGGGGAAAAAAACUCGUUACGUCGUACAGUGCAAUCAAACAUGUGAGAACCUGUGAGCCACGCGUUGCUAGCAGUGGCAAUAGCUAUUGUCUCGUGUCACGUGAAGUUUGAGCUGUAAACGGAAAGAGCGGCAGACUGCACUACAAUCAAGUGUUAAAAAAAAUUAAAAAUUAAAAAAAUAUCCCAUCUUAUGUCGUAUGUUGGGAAGCAUUAUCAUUUAACGACAUAGGAGCACUGGGAAACACUUUGCUGUUAACAGCUCAAUGUGCGACUGAGUACGGAAUAUUUUUCUUCGCUUCUGACGAACUCUGUGUAGUGCUGAUCGUGACGAUGAUGUUACAGAACAUACGUCAUUAGAGUUAAACUACAAGUUCAUGGGAACAAAUCUUUCUGAAUGUUCUCGAUUCCGUUGAGAAUGGGGUGCUGGAUCUGCAACUGAAAAGUCUUGAAAUGUGAAAAUGUCUUUCUUUACAGCAGUUACUGCUUUUGCUGUUUUCUUAGUGGAGAAACUUUUUUUUUCAAUUUAAAUUGCAUACGCUGCUGUAUAUGUUCACUAAAACCGAAAGAGUACGCUGAAAAAUCAACCACAGAUAAGCUUCAGAGACACAUACAUUGGGAUACUGGGCGAAUCAUCUGCUCCUAUAACGCAGAUUCAGCGUGAUUUACCCUACUCUAAUAAAAUUGUCCAGGCUGUAAACAAAUUCUAAUACAAAGAUAGCAGCACAGCUUCACACACAUUGUAUUAUGUCUCUCUAAUAUUCGAGCUGCAGUUACUUUUUCUUUUUUUCAUGUAACUGUCAUAAAAAAGAAAUUUCUAGCCAUUCAAGGAAAAAACUAAAUUUAUCACUUUGCCAACUUUCAUCUUUUCAGCAACUGUGUAAAUAAUAUUGAAAUAUUAAGUCCAACAAUGCAGUCUCACACGGUACAGAGUUCCACCUCUAAAAUACCCCAAAAACAACACUGUGGGCAUUAAAAGAAUACUGGCCAUCUACAACGUCAUUCUGUAUUGAGAUGAUUUGUUUACGUAAUUUAUACAUCAAUUAUCAACGUAAAAUUGAUGUUUCAUCAAAACAGCAUUACAUUACAGUAAGCGAAAACAUUUUAUGGCACAAUCUUUUCUACGUGGAGACAGUAACUCUACAACAACCUGACACUCAGGUUUAUUUUGUACAAAUAUAACCAUUUUCAGACAUUCCUUCAUUGGGUCAAUGGAUAUUUAUUCUUGUACUGAUUUUCAUUAAAUCCAUAUAGAACAAAAUUAACAUGUAAACCACGAUAAACGUAGAACAACUCAUAAAAUUAAAACUAUAUACGUAACGAUAGAAUCUAAGUCAAAAUGACAAGAAGUUCUCUGAACUGGUUGUAGGUUAAUAAAAUAAUGUUCUUCCAACAUAUAAAACUAGCAGCAGGUAUCUCAAAAAUAAUUUAUGGGCUCCGAGAAAUAAGCACGGACGUGAACACUACUACUAAACAAUGUUAUUCACUGAAAUGAAAGUACGACCUCAACAAUAAUACUACUUAGGGAUGGUUGGUAAAUAGUUCGGUGAAGAAAGAGGAAAAAUCGCCAAAGAUGUCUCUUGUUGCUGUCUCUUUCAUAGUUAGCUGAAAGAGUCGGUUGUUUUUGUGGCCUUAUUCUAUACUGCAACUCAACCCAAAGAUUUUUUGAUGUUUUAUACUUAAUUAGGUUAGAUUCAUCGUUUGUGAUGAUCGCAUCCGUCCACUGUACGACUUCCGUCCUGUAAAAAAAAAAGUGUAAACAAUACCAAAGUAUCUGGGCCACUCUAUUGGGACCAAAAAUAAAAAUAUGCGACGUUGAUUAGUGUAGGCAUAGCUUCUUAAAGCGUUGUAGCCGGAUAUCAUUCAGCUGAAGCAAUAACAUAGCAUAAAAAUACUAUUCUAAAAUAUAUUUCGUAUGUUUCCCCUCAGAUCAGAAUAGUCAUUCGAUGUACACGCAAUCAUUUUAAUAUUGUGUGUCUUUUAGAACACUGAAGCAGUUGCUCAUUCCAAGAAUUGUUCUUUAUUGUUCCAAUUACAUACAUUUUAUUUGUAUGCGUUAUGUUGAUUUUCUAAUUCGACGACUGACAAUGUAUCUUCGUCAUAGUUUGCUAGUUUGGGUCCUAUAUAAUUUGACUACUAUAUAGGAAUGUUAUAAAAGAAAGAGGUUGAUGAAAGUUACUAACUGGUGGGCUUUGUACUUCAACGUGGUGCUCUUAGGAAGGCAGUUUGUCAGAGUGAAAUAUCCUUCCUAAUUCUAGUCUUUAAAUUGUGAAUUGUUGAUCAACGCAAAAGUGCUUAGUCAUAACGACGUUAAACAUUUAAAAUGUUUGAAAUGGUUGCCUGGCCGAACUGCUAUGUGCUGCCAGGUUUAUAAAUCAUGUAUACGAUGCCCGCAAAACAAUUAUUCUAUCUGGGAAUGACAUACCCAAGUUGACUCUCUUCUUUGUCUUUACUGAGCGAGUGCAAAAUAUAUUUUAUGUAAAAAGCGUUUUGUUCGAAUAAUGUACAGAUGCACUGUAUAUAAUACUACACAAGCACUUUUAAUUGUAGGAUGAGUACCUUCAGCAUACCUCUGAUAUAGGAUUCGGGCUGAAGUUCCCAUCUCGCUUGAAGAUUUGCAGUUCUGAUUGAAUACUACACAAGCGUGAUGGGAAUUUCGGGCACUUCCAUAGCUCAGCGUUUAAACACAGGUUGCAGCAAUACAGAUGCCCUACGGCAAUCGCAAUUUGUCUUUUGUCAUAAACAAAACCUGUCUCAUGACUAAUGUACCGUCCUACAAAAAAAAUUUACCAUGUUCUUAUGUUUAAGGAAUACCAAGUCAUUGCUAAGACUUUCAUAACAGCUAGCAACCAAAGAAUCUUUGUAUUUAGUUGUGGCAUUCGGAUUUACUUGUUUUUGGAAAUUUUUUUGUGUACAGUAGAAUUUUUAUUCAUCAUUCCUUACAAAAUGAAGUACAGCGACUACUGAUAAUGUUUGCAUAUCUCUUAUACAAGUUGUGAUCAAUAAAAUUCCUAUUUACAAUAA